AAAUUUGUGUGCCUUUUUUUUCCAUUCUUCAUUUCUCAAAUUUUUCCGUCUCAAUUUUUGUCUAUCCUUGGAUUUUGCAUUUUUGUUAAAUUAAAUAGAAUUCUAUUCAAACGGUGAUUCGUUUCCUUGAGCAGCUUUGUCGUUAAAAAUCUAGAUGGCGCCAGAGUAGCGACAUGACAAACCAUGCCGUCCUUGACCAUUGAUGACGUAAUGCAAUAGUAUGGUCUGUGAUGGUAAAUAGAUUGUAAUAAUUGUAGAAAAGAAAGGGUAAACGUUGCACGUUGUUCAUUUUUAUACAAAGAUAUACCAUAUUGCAUCAGCCACAAAAAAGGCAAUUUAAAAUUAAUUUAAUUUCGUUUAGGAGCAAUGUCAUCGUUGGAACAACAAAUUAAAGAACAGGGUGAUUUGGUGAGAAAAUUGAAAUCGGCAAAGGAAAGCAAAGAAAAGUGAGCAAAAAGAUGCGCUUAAUUCGCGAGUUAAGGGGGCUACUGAAGCAUGGCAGGGCUUUGGGCACAAUUAAUUUGUUCAGUAGCAAAUCACAGAUAGCAGAAGAAGUGGCCAAACUCCUAGACCUCAAAGCCCAACAAGCCCCUGCUGAAGAUGCGGCAGCCAACCAAAAAUUCACCCUCAAAACCCCAAAAGGAACCCGAGACUAUUCGCCCGAGCAAAUGGCUCUGCGCCUCAACGUUUUCAAUAAAAUAAUUUCGGUUUUCAAAAAGCACGGUGCUGAAACUAUCGAUACACCAGUAUUCGAGCUCAAAGAAGUCCUAACUGGUAAAUACGGCGAAGAUUCCAAGUUGAUUUACGAUUUGAAAGAUCAGGGAGGCGAAAUUUUGUCUUUGCGCUACGACUUGACUGUUCCUUUUGCUCGUUAUUUAGCCAUGAAUAAGAUUAGCAACAUUAAACGUUACCACAUUGCCAAAGUUUAUCGCAGGGACAAUCCGUCUAUAUCUAGAGGAAGAUACAGGGAGUUUUACCAAUGUGACUUUGAUAUAGCUGGGACUUAUGAUCCCAUGAUACCAGAUGCAGAAUGCAUCAAAAUAAUUGCGGAAAUUUUAGAUGUAAUGCAAGUUACACCAUUUGUUGUGAAAGUUAAUCAUAGGUUGUUGCUAGAUGGGAUGUUUGAGGCUUGUGGCGUGCCAAAAAGUAACUUUAGAGCAAUUUGUUCUGCUGUUGAUAAGCUUGAUAAGAGUCCUUGGGAGGAAGUCAAAAAAGAGAUGGUUGAAGAAAAAGGACUUAGUGAAGAUGUUGCAGAUAAAAUCGGAAACUAUGUUAAAUUAAAUGGACAAUUAGAACUUGUAGAUAAAUUAUUGUUAGAUGAAAACUUAUCCAAAAACAAAUGUGCUGUUGAGGGCCUCGAAUCUAUCAAGCUACUGCUGAAAUAUUGCGAAAUAUUUGACAUUUCGAAUAAGGUUUCUUUCGAUUUGAGUUUGGCAAGGGGUUUGGAUUAUUAUACGGGAGUCAUUUACGAGGCAGUCUUAUUGGGUGACGACAUUGCAGUGGGUUCUGUAGCUGGCGGAGGACGUUACGACAAUUUGGUGGGCAUGUUCGAUGGAAAAAAUAAACAGGUGCCUUGUGUCGGUGUCUCUAUUGGCGUUGAAAGAUUAUUUGCUGUAAUGGAACAAAGAUUACAAGCAGCCAAUAGAAAAACUCGCACUACCGAAGUUGACGUUUACGUUUGUACCGCUCAGAAAAACUUGGUCGAAGAACGGUUGAAACUUUGCAAUGAAUUGUGGGACAACGAGUUCAAGGUUGAAUUUUCCUAUAAAAAAAAUCCAAAACUUUUGGCCCAAUUGCAAUAUUGCGAAGAAAACAGUAUUCCUUAUGCCCUAAUUUUGGGCGAAAGCGAAGUUAAGAGUGGCAUUGUGAAACUGAGAAAUGUAACAACCAGAGAAGAGUUGGAAGUGAAACGUGGCAACUUGGCUGAAGUUUUGCGACAAAAACUGGGCGAAUUGAAUUGCAACGGCACAGUACCAACUUAAAAUAAAUGCAUUUUUUUCUAGGCAAUUUACCUAUUUAUUUUAUUUAUUUUUAGGCAAAUAAAACAAAAAAAAAAAAAAAUGUUUAGAUUUUUAUUUAUUUAUUCUAAAAAAUAAAAUAAACCAUCGAAAAACCCUUUUUUUUUAAUUUUCGUUCUACAAUUAUUAUACAGGGUAAAAUGACAUCCAAUAAAAUCUUAUCAAAUGUAAGAAGUUAUACGAAUAAUAUUAUUAAUGCUAAACAUCCAUUAAAUGACAAUUAUUAUUAUUAUAUUUUUGCAAUGUUGCCAAUGCUAUUUUUCGGCAGUGUUUCAUUUUUUUUUUUUUUCAACCUUAAAGCUAAUUAUGAUGAAAAUGUCAACAAAAUGAUAUCGUUAUUAUUAUUUACAAAUUGAGUUUUAGGGACAAAAAACGCACCUACAAUAAUUACAUUUUGAGAUAAUGUAUCUACUUCCUGGUGUUUUUGUCCCCCUAUAAAAUGCAACCUACAGGCUAAAUAUUAAAUAUUUUUUUUCUUAAUAUCAACACACAUAGAGAGAGAUAUUUUGUUCACAACACUAUGUUACCAAUUUUUUCUAAUAUAUUUCAAAUAAAAAAAAUAACAAAAAUAAAAUAAAAAUAUAAUUAAGUAUAACAUUUAAAAAAUAAUUAUUACUUUUCUUUUUUGGUUAAAGUCUUGGUUCGAGUGGUCCAUGAAACCGUUUCUAUGGUCAAAAACAAGAAAAUUUAUGUACAAAAUUUUGAUUCAGUGGACAAUCUUGGCCCAAAUAAGAAGGUGCGCAAGAUGGAUUUUUUUUACAUCGGAAGACCCUGAAUUUAAAUAUGGUGCCUGUGCGCUUUUAAGUACAAAAUUCUGGGUGACUAGUAAGUUCAGUCUUAUAUUAAAACAAUGAGUUAUGGUUUUGGUGUGAGCAAAAUAAUUUGAAAGUUUUAUCACAAAAAAUUUAGAGCGAAAAAUGAAUUGAAUAAAAAAUUAAAUUUAUUCCAAUCUUGCUUUGUAACUGGUCUUCCAAAUUUCGGCCAAUGUCACAGCCGAAUGGAACCGAUGGAAAAUGCACAGCGGCAAAGUGAUACGUUGAACGAUGGCCCAAGUCAAAAAUCCGUAAAACUUCUUCUGGACCGGAUUGGCUUCGACUUUUUGUUGCUCGAAAGUGUAAAUGAUCCACAUCGUGAUAUUGCAAAUCAGCAGGAAAGUCACUACUUGGCGGCCCGGUUUGGUGCGGUCGUGUUCCGGAAGAUGGACGCGACGACGCGAAACGUCUGCGAUGAAUAACAAUUGGAGAAC